GGAGAGUGGGCGGUGAUCCUGACACGUGAAUGCUCCCACAGGAGCAUAUUCCAUCCAUGCAUCCAUGUCCUCCAACUAUAGUGUGUUCUGGUCCUGGAGCCAGAGGAAAAGUGGAGGGGUGAGGAAUCUAAGGGCAGAUUGAUUUUCUCGGGGGCAGUAUAACUGGCCAGAGGGGCUUUAAGGGACUUCAAAGGCAGGAUUGGAAAAACUUGCCUGGAAAUCGGAAUGUUUUUCUCCUAGUGUUGUCUUGCCGUUUGCCUCUUUCACAUACAAACCCCGUUUAGUAAGUUUGAAACACUUUAAGUCGCAAUGGCUGAGCCGCUGAGUUUCAUGCAUCAUGAUCAGAGCUCCAGCAGCGAGCGGAGUGACGACUCACCGUCUGCCGUGUCUGAGGAUGACUCUAGCGGACACUGCGGCCACAUCUCCCCGCCUGACCCAGACUGGACCGAGGAAAGGUUUCGAGUUGACCGCAAGAAACUAGAAACUAUGUUACUGGUAGCCAGUGAGGGGAGGAUAAAUGGAGGAGAGGAUUUUUUCCAGAAGGUCAUGGAUGAAACCAACACUCAGAUCGCCUGGCCGUCCAAACUGAAGAUCGGAGCAAAGUCCAAAAAAGAUCCACAUAUUAAGGUCAGCGGAAAAAGGGAAGAUGUUCGUGAGGCAAAAGAGAAAAUAAUGUCUGUUCUUGACACAAAGAGUAAUCGUGUGACCCUGAAGAUGGACGUAUCACACACAGAGCACUCGCAUGUUAUUGGGAAAGGAGGUAAUAACAUCAAACGAGUGAUGGAAGAGACGGGCUGUCACAUACACUUCCCUGACUCCAACAGGCACAGCCAGGGGGAGAAGAGCAACCAGGUGUCAAUAGCGGGGCAGCUGACUGGCGUAGAAGCAGCGAGAGUUAAAAUACGGGAGCUGUUGCCGUUGAUGCUGAUGUUUGAAUGCAGUGGUUUGGUGCAGCAUGUGGACUGUAGCUCUCCUGUAGUUCAGCAUAUUUCCCAUACUUACAGCGUCUCCAUCUCCUUCAAACCUCCCUCCCGUCUCUAUGGCAACACUGCCAUCGUCCGUGGCAACCAGAACAAUGCCAGUGGCGUUAAGCGUGGUACGGCUUUGUUAUUGGAGCACCUCGCUGGGUCUUUGGCCAGCUCGGUGCUGGUCAGCACGCAACUGGACAUCGCCCCCCAGCACCACAACUUCCUUCUGGGUCGCAACGGAGCCAAUGUCAAAAACAUCUCCCAGCGCACUGGAGCCCACAUACACUUCCCUGAGCUCAACACUCAACACAGCACACACACCAGCCGCUCUGCUGUCUACAUACAGGGCAGCAUUGACGCCGUAUGUGCGGCUAGACAGCAGCUAAUGGGAUGUCUGCCGUUGGUGUUGCUGUUUGACAUUAAGGAGGAGAUGGAGGUGGCAUCUCAGGUCGUCACUACCCUCAUGGAACAGCUGGACGUCUUCAUCAGUAUUAAACCUAAACCAAAACAACCCAGCAAGUCUGUGAUAGUAAAGAGCGUAGAAAGGAAUGCUGGGAGUAUGUAUGAGGUGCGCAGGAUCCUGUUGGGACUGGAGUCCAGCUGUGUGCCUCCUUCUAUCAACCAUGUGGCUGUUAACGGACAUGCUCCUUCUUCCCCUCCCUUGAUUGGCUCCAUUGGACUGGACACCCUAGCUUCAGCUGGACUGAGGCUAAGCACUCUGGCUGGUCUUCUAAGGUCGUCUGUCAACCCCAUUCCUAACGGUUCCCCAAACCCAAACUGUGUUCUCAAUGGGCACGGCUCCGUGUUAAACAUUCAGAACGGAGCAGUGAACAACUCGCAACACAUUCAUACACCUUCACACACAUCUGCUCACACGCACUCACAUUCACAUGCUACUGGUCACACAGCUUCACUUUGGGCCAGUGCACUCAGUUCAACAGCUAACACAGCAGGGUUUUCCACAGACCUGAUGUUGCAGUCAGUUUCUCAAUCAACUCUCAGUGGUCUUCUGCUCCCGGGGGUCCAGAGUCAAGCACACACUCACACACCAUCCCCUCCACCUGGACUUGCACCAAUACACAAACCAGCCAGUGCAGAACAUCUCAACGGACAUCUCGCCAGUUCUGUGUACAGUCGAAUCUCCUCUGUAUCGCUGAACUCUGCCCAUUGUGACACAAGCCAGGAAGUUAUUGGACACACCCAGUCAGAAUCCAUUUCCAAUAAAUCUGCAGAUGAAGGCUCAGAUACGUUUGUUGAAGUGGGCAUGCCCAGAAGCCCAUCUCACUCAGCCAAUGGGAGUGAGCUGAAGCAGAUGCUGGCCUCUUGCACUGUGUCGUCAGGGAAACGGCAAACGGUGGAACUUCUGCAGAGAACCAAGAACUCACUUCUUCAUGUUGAGUGUGUGCUGGCUGAUUCUGAUUGUGAGAAUCCAGUGACUGACAAAAGAGCACCAGGAAGUGAGAGAGCUGCAGAAAGACGACUUGCACCACAUAUGCAGGCUUUUGACUAUGAGAAAAAGAAGCUACUGGCCACUAAAGCCAUGCUGAAGAAGCCGGUUGUGACUGAGAUUCGGACCCCUACAAAUACCUGGAGCGGGUUGGGUUUUUCUAAAUCAAUGCCAGCGGAGAGCAUAAAAGAGCUGCGCAGGGCACACCAUGUCCCAUAUAAACCCAGCAUAAGCACUACUUAUGAGGACUCGCAUCUCUCUGUCUCGCACUCUGGGAGUCAGGAGGGUUUGGGUAACGACACCAAAUCCGAUAAUUGGGGGGAUUUAAAUGGGAAUGUUAACAUCAAUGGAAAUGGACUGCCAGGAAAUUCUGAAUUUUCCCCUGCUGUCAGCAGCCCAAAGAGAAUCAAGAACAAAUCUUUAGGUGAGCAGUUUCUCAGCAGCAGUAAUUAUAUGGACAGUAUCUCUAUGUCUGGCAGCAAUGGCUGCUCUCUCAGUUCAUCUCUUAAAGGAACAGAUCUCCCCGAGCUGUUCAGCAAGCUUGGUCUCGGCAAAUACACAGACAUCUUCCAGCAGCAGGAGAUUGAUCUGCAAACAUUUGUCACACUAACGGAUCCAGACCUAAAGGAACUGGGAAUCACAACAUUUGGUGCUCGCAGGAAAAUGUUGCUUGCGAUCUCAGAGCUGAAUAAGAGCAGGAGGAAGCUUUUUGACACGCCCAACAUUCGCUCCUCCUUCCUAGAAGGCGGGGCCAGCGGUCGUCUGUCGCGCCAGUUCCACGCAGACAUGGCGAGUGUCAGCGGUCGCUGGUGAUCUCUUAACUGUGGGAAUGUGGAGCGCAAACCAUUUCAUACUGGACUGAAAAUGUGGUGACGUGUUGUUAAGGUUGCUUUGUGUGCCUAAAGUAUAUGGAAGGGAAUUCAAUUUCGCUAUGAGAAUGUGCUAUUAAUGCAUUUACUCUGGGUGAACAGGCAAAGCACAGAGUUUAAAAACUAACCGUACUGGCAGCAAGAGUGCUUCAGUAUUGGUGUCUAGCACUUUAAAUAUGUAAACUCUGCUGUUUUUGCCGGUAGGUUGUAUGCAAUGUGUGUCUUUUGUAACGUCCGACUGUCUAGUAACAAAGCCAAACACAUGCACUUAUUUAGCAGGUAUUUCCAAAUCACACACAACCAGUUGAUGCUUAUGUGGUUUACCAGACUGUUAUAUUCAUGUGCAGUUUAAAUACUCAUUGGUCCUUGUGGUAUUGCCGUAUUUUAAAUCUGUUUUAUUUUAUAGUUUCAUUAUGUUCUUGUAUUUUUAUGUUAAUCGUUUUAAAAGGCAUUAUCAGUUUACUUUUUUAUGUUUUGGUCCUUUUCUUUUGACAUCAUUAGUUUUUUAUUGUUUAAUCUGUGGUGUGAUUUGUCAGAACGUGUCGUCGUCAUCUCAAACAGAUGUCAGCCAUUCUUAUGGUGUAAAUGAAGUCUUUUCCGAAGGAAUAUAUUUGAAAAUAUUAUCCAUUAAAUUCCAGUGUUUUGAUUAAUCAGUAUUUACAUUUUAUUUGUAGCACAGACAUCAAAUUUAAGCUGCAUUAGGUACUUUUCAAGUCUAAGUGGGAUGUUUGUUGAAAGUUUGAUGUUGGUAACGGAAUACGUUUCCUUUGUAUGUGCAAACAUGCAAACAAGUGUAUGUGUAUUUACCUUUUUUUCUCAUAGCUCAAAGCCAUAAAUUAACUCAAGGGCUACGGUUGGUAAAUUUAUGAUUUUUCAAAUACUUGUUUGUGACUUGUUUUCAAUUACUUUUAUCAUUCUGUUUUUGUUGUUGUUGUUUUCCUACCAUCAGUGUUACUGGUCUUUAAUUUGUUUACAUUUAUGUUAGUUAUGUAGUAUAUUCACGGUACAGCCUACAAAGAAGAAUGUAUAAUGCAUAGAAAGAGCUUUUUGAAACCAUCUGUUGAAACCAUCCUAAUCUCCUUUAUAUGCCUUUUUUUUUUUUUUUUUUUUUUUUUUUUUUUUUUUGGAAGGAAAAUAAGGACAGUUUCUGAAAUAUUGCACAGAAUGCUUGUGAUAUUCUUUUAUUAUUGCUCAGUGGUGAUAUUAAUUGCUUGAUUGUAGGUCCAAAGUGAAAAUCUCAUAAGAUUUAUGUGCAGAAUACGGACUUUACAAGGAUGCAAAGUACAGAGAUAAAAUUCCUUAAAUUCCACAGUGGAACCACUGUAUAUGGUUAUUGAAUUGUGUUUGUAAUCAAGAUUCAUGUGUUUUCUUUGCAUCUGACAAAUCAUGUGUUCAGUUAUCCACUUUUCACCUGAAACAACUUCACUGUUUUGUUAUUGUGUUAUUAUUAUUUUUUUUUUUUCUGAGUGAACAACUGCGUUGUUCUGUCAUUGUAAUUGUGCUACCUUCCUCGGGAAAGUGGAGCAAUAUGGGAGAAGUGUUUUUGUUUUCUGACAAAGGGAACAGUGUUCAUGUUUUUGCUUUGUAAAAAACGUUCUGUAAAUCCAAAUCAGUGUCUUGUAAAAUGGACAGAAGCCAUUUGCUGCCUGUGAUUUUGAGAACCAGAGAUUUCCUCUCUGAAAGUAACAAAAAGGGAUAAAAGUGAAAGAACAAAUAUAAUUGAAAUGUUGUUGUGGAAUGUGGUUUUGUUCUAGAAAAUAAACAUUUUUG